AUGUACAAAUAUCUCAGUCUUCUGGCUGAGCUCGAGAUGUGUGCACGUCUAAUAAUUCGUAGAAAAUUAAUUUUAAAUUAAUAUCUAUUUUUGCUGCAAAUAUAAUUUUCUUUUUCUGAGAACGUUUCCAUAAGCUCAAGCUAUAUUUAUAUAUAAUAUAUAAGUCUCAGAACUGACUAUCAGAGUUCAAAUUUUUGAAGAUCAUGUAUGAGCCCAACUGCCCAAGUGACAGUGAGGAAAUCGAAAUUGAGGAAAUCGAAAUUGUGGACAGCAAUUAUGAGUUGAUGUCGAACAAGGAUGUAAAGAUCACGAUUGGUCAGUGGGUCUUCGAGUGUCACAGUCGUUUUCUGAGCACGUUUUGUGAGCUCUUCAAAGAUUCGAUACGACGAGGAAUUACCGUCUUCAAUCUGCCCAAGGAGAGUAUAAGUGCCGAUGUCUUCGACGUUGCCUACACGUGGAUGAGCAGCAACGUUUGCUACUGUCCCCGGAGUAAGUUUUUGGAUCUAUUCUUGGCCGCCCAAUACUUGCAAGCACCGCAACUGCGUUUCAACGUUUUGGCAGCACUCGGCGAAGAGCGCUACUUCUCCCAUUUGGGUGCACUGAGCUGUUAUGCGGAGGCAACCAAAAGGAAUAUUAAUGAUGUCGCCAACCAGAUGCUGAUAAACGUUGGCAAAUAUUUUCUCUCGCUGGUCGGCACGGAAGAGUAUCUCGAUCUGGGCUUGGAGGAACUCUGCAAUUUGCUCAAAUGUGAUUUUUUGGCCGUCCACUCGGAGGUGGAGGUAUUCUAUGCCGCUAUCUUGUGGAUUCUAUGGAACUAUGAGCAGCGCAAGAUUCAUAUGCGUCGUGUGCUGAAAUCGUUGCGUUUGGAGCAGAUGCCGCCGCUGGUUCUGCUCAAUUUUGGCGAACGACUGCACGAGAUGAUGCCGGAGACAUCGGAUCUGAUGUUCUAUCUACUGCAUCUGGCAGUUGUCAUCGGUCAGAAGCGCUCCAACAAUUCGCCAAUGUCUCAGGACCCAUUGAGCAGUCGCGCUUACAUCCGAGAUCCGGAAUGCCCCUAUUUACAUCUGUUAGAUGAGCGGGUUACAGAGAUCAGUGUGGAAAUGUUUACGGACUAUAUCAAUACACUGCCAAGCAUAUUCGAGCAGUUUCUAAUGCGUUUAACAUUUCUCGCAGAUAUGAACGUGGCAGAGGAAUAGAAAACUACAGCAAAAAUCCCGCAGAUAGCAACUAUUAACAUAAAAAUAUUAUAAGAAUUUAAUACUUAAUUAUGUCAGCCGUGAAGGGAUGUAAACUUUAACUAGCUAUUAAACAUGUGUGUAAAAUAGACGCACUCAAAUGACGGUUAUCCAAACUAGGGUGGAGAGCUGAGGGACUAGUUUGCAAAGUCAUCAAAAGAUGUGACUCUAUAAGGACCAGUAAUUAUGACCAGAAAUAUAUAUAAUUUAUGAGGUUGGAGACGUCGACGACAGAAUUGUUAUAUUAAAAAGGAAAAAUGCCA